UCAUAUGCAAUCGGGGAAGUAAUCCGAUUUCUUUGGAUUCCUGAGGGGGCUCUGUGAGCUAAUUCGCAAGAAAGCAAAUAAACAGAGUAUGAAAUCCACACUGGGAGAGAGAGCUCUCGUGCGGCAUGCCCGACUGCUGCCAGUGAACCAUGCUCCUCUGUCUGCCCAGUGCUGCGGCACCCGUUGUGGAGCACAGCCCCUUCCUCUGCCUCCCUGUCCCUACCGAUGGGCCUCCUUCCCUCCCGGCGCCGUCUCCGGGCCAGCCUGUGCUGGAACGGGUGACGUCACCGUGUUUACACGGGGCUCGUGGCACGGUUCUGCGAUCAGGAAUGUGGAGAAUGGGGCCCGCGUUGAAUCAUGCGCGGUGCUGUCAGCUCCCUUGUGCUGCCUUUGAGCUGAGGAGAGAAUUGGCUGUGCUUGUGCUGAGUUCAGGCCUUUUGAGCUCUGGGGAAAUGUGUUGAGGCUGCAUUUUCUUCAUUGCAGUCAUCGCGUUUGGCACUUUUCAGUGUGAUCUUUCUUCAGGAAGCUAUCAAAAGCUGAGCAAUCAGCAGUCUGGAGAGUUAGGCCAAGUUUGGUCUCUGUCUUGGUGCCAGUUCUCUGGGUGUCCUCUCUGCGAGCUGCCAAAUAGCCCUGUCUCUGAUCCUUCAAAGGGGACCCAGAAAAUAGCCAACAACUGGUCUCGGGGUUGUUCUUCCCAUUCUACUGACUGACUUGUGUGUUGCUGCAUCUCAUUCUGAUCCCCUUGGGAAGGGGGACGAGGAGAGGUGGGAUCACCAGGUGCUUUUGGGGACAGUCCUGUUACAGCUUUGACGGUGGCUGUGGGAGGCUUCUGCCUGAGGAGGCUGGGUUCCUCCGGGUAAAAAUGCUGCUUGACUCUUAAAAGUUCACGAAAAAUUAAAAUGCUCUUGUCAGGGUCUGGGACCAGUCUCUUCUCUUGUCUGCUCCUGGCUCUCUUGCCCCCAUCUUGGCGUUAGCAGAAGUCGUGGUGCAAAGGCAGGAAUGAGUUGCUGCCUUUGCAGGGUCCGGACUGUGUGAGCACCCCUGCCGAUUCCCCAGUCUGCCCCAGGGAGCUCUCUUCCCAGUACCCUGCCUGAUGCAGCACACUUGUUGCCUUGUUUGUUUUAUUUCAGCUCUGCUGUAACGAAGGAAGCUUGAGUGCUUGCCAGGCAGCUGGAAAUUCUUUAGCGCCACAAGGCAAACAAAUUUCUGUAGUCCCGCUGACCAUACCUGCCCUUGGCUCCUUAUGCUCACCAGAGGACGGCGCAGAGAGGUGCUGCAGGGGUGACAUUAUUGGUCUCCCCAGCUAUUCCCUUCUCCCCUUUUCCCAGCAGCCAUGUUGUUUGCUAAGUAGGAGCAGAGGAAGGGAAUGCAAUGGUGUGGCAGAGAGUGAAGAACGGAUUUUAUGAAGCAGUCGCUUGUGUGCUGUCUGCCCUGUGUUAGCCUGCUUCAUUGCAGCUACCUUCCUUGGACAGCAAAGUGACCCUUUCUACACCAGCACUGUCGGGUUGUAGCGGACAUCUCAUUGGAAGGAGCAUUGUCCUCUGGGUAUAAAUAGCCUGCCUCCUGGCAGGCUGGAGGCUUUGGGAACGUCUCUGCUGGUGUCCUGGGGAAUGCUGACCCCGUUCACCUCUAAUAGGUGGUAGAUGCAUUGCGGGGAGCCUGCGCCGCAGCUGCUAGAAGAGCAUAAAUUCGUAUUUGCUGACUUGUGCAUCUGGUUCUUGGCUAUAACUUGUACAUCAGUGCCUCUUACAUUUAGCAAAGCAGUAGCAAACAAAAUUGUUGUUGGCUGUUUGGCACCAAAGAGACAAAAGGUAAAGAGGUGUUCGUAGACUGCACUUGCACAGGAAUGCUCAAGGAGGUGUGCCAUUCCUGGCAGUUGGAGGUGCAGCUACGUCUGUCGAGCAGUAUCUGAGCGGAUGAAUUCAUUGGGCAGCGUAGCAGCACUCUGAACUAAAGCCUGAGGGAAGGAGGUAUGUAGGGAUAGAAACAGGAGCUCGGGUAUAAAUCACUGUAACAACAGGCCUGGGAAUUGCUCUUACCAGUUCUGACGUCCUGUCUUAGGAGUCUGUUCUCCUCCGGUUUUGGCCACCCUUAACCUUUGUUUUCUUAUGAGCAUACCUUGGCUCUGAAGAUAAGGGAUGGAGAGGGUGGUUCUGGGCCCUGACAUUGCCAGGGACCCACAGGGACUUUUUCACAGAAAAGACGUACAGCUGGGGUCAGCUUUGCAUGACUGGGAGAGGUGAAGGCUGCUGAGGCCCAAAUUUGUGAUGGGAUUCCAGUGUGCCCAAAUGCUUCCUUGUGCUGCAGCAUCAGGUUGUCCUUCUGUUACUUGGGAAAGGUUGGGUGCAGAACUUUGACUUGAGCCCGGAUGGGCUGGCUUUCCUGGGAAGCAGAAAAAGUUUGGAGAGGCGUGAGUGCAGCAGUGGCGUUAUCCUGUCCCGCAGAAUGCCCAGCGAGGCAUGUUGUGGAGGCAAAGGCUUCCUCUGUGCUCAUUGCCCAGGGUUGCGUGUUCUUAAACUGUACUGUUUCGGGUCCUUGGGGGCAGAUAGAAUCUGGCAGGGCUUUUGUCCUGGGGAGUUUCUGGGCUGUGCUUGGGCACCUGUUGGAGGGGCUGUGUCAGAGCGACUGGCUGCCUUGCUGUGCUUGGGAGUGACAAGGAUGAGGCUGGGAGCAAGAGGCGCUGAGUGCCAGUGUGCUGAGUCAGCAUGACUGGCCUGGAGCAGCCGUGCUCUGGACCCAGCCUGCUGCCUGCCAGGCUAUUUUUAAAAAUGUGGCUUCCGUGUAUUCUGACUCCUCCUAGUUUUUUAAUUUCUACCACCCCAAGCAAAAAAACCCAGCAUUGCCACAAAGUCUCCCUGGGAGUAGGGGUGUGGAAGGGCAGCAGUUUCUGCUCAGGGACAGAGUCUGCUGCUUGUGAGUCCAGCUCAGUCAGAACCUGAUUGACAAGGCUGUCGUGUUAUGACGACCCCCAACAAAGGAAACAAGGCCUUGAAGGUGAAGCGGGAGCCAGGUGAGAAUGGGACCAGCUUGACAGAUGAGGAGCUGGUGACCAUGUCUGUGCGGGAGCUGAACCAGCAUCUACGGGGCCUGUCGAAGGAGGAGAUCAUCCAGCUGAAGCAGCGUCGGCGCACGCUGAAGAACCGGGGCUACGCGGCCAGCUGCAGAGUCAAGCGUGUUACCCAGAAGGAGGAACUGGAGAAGCAGAAGGCAGAGCUGCAGCAGGAAGUGGAGAAGCUGGCCUCCGAGAACGCCAGCAUGAAAAUGGAACUCGAUGCUCUCCGCUCCAAAUACGAGGCUCUCCAGAACUUCGCCAGAACCGUGGCCCGGAGCCCUGUGACCCCUGCGCGGGGACCUCUCACCUCCAGUAUGGGGCCCCUCGUCCCUGGCAAGGUUGCUACUACUAGUGUCAUCACAAUAGUGAAAUCCAAAACGGACGCCCGGUCUUAGUGAAGCGAGUGUUGCCUGAGCUUGUCUGUGCAGGGCAAUUAGGCACAAAACCAGCCUGGAAUCCCCAAAGCACAAACCCUCCCCACAUGGGUCCGGGUUCCUUCUAGUUGGCCCAGGACUGGCCUGCUGAUCACUCCAGUUUUAUUUUGUUGUGUCCAGAUUGGUAUGAGCAGUGGUGAUGCGUCCCUUGUCCUGUGCAGACAGAGCCUCCCACCCAGCGGUCUGUAGCCCUCGGGCGCCCUUGGGACAGACUGCGAGAUCUUGGUUUUCUACCCAAAGAAAGUCUGUGCGGCGUGGCCGACGGCAGGGCGACGGAAGGGCUUGGGGAAGGUCCGGAGGGAGGCUUUCUUCCUGGGGGCCGGGAACCCUAAUUUUCGGUCACUUUCAAAGGCUUUAUUUCAUUACUCUUCCAGGUGGUGCAUCUCGGUGCCUGACUGCCAGGCGCCUGAACCUGCUGCUUUUGUCUCAUUUGGUACCCGUAGUUGCAGUUGGGGUGUUCUGUGUAAUAGGUUUUUAUUCCUUUCUAGGUGUCCCUCUGUGCCCUAACAGUGGGUUUCCUUCAGACGUCCGUUGCGUUAGCCGUGUAAACCAGCAGUGGUGGAAAGGAAGAUGCUGUCGUGCCCUGCUGCCUCUGCCCCAGCGAUGGGGAAGGAGCUGGGACAGGGCCCUUGCGGGGGCCCAGCACCCCAGGGGAAGGAGGGAAGGUACCGUGUUGACUGCAGGCCGGUUUUGUGCCUAAUGUGUUGCACUGAACAAGACCAAAAUCACUAGUUGUUCCCGUGUUUUGAGGGUAUCAAGUGUCUCUAGUGUGAUGGUUUACACAACCAGUUUAUGUGGUUAAAUAGCCCUUUAUUUAAAGAGAGAAACAUCGUUUUAAGAGUUAUUAAAUUAUCUAAGUUUAAAAUUAAAAUCAGACAGAAGAGAGAGCGUAUUUAUAGUCAGCUUUUUUUAUCUGAGAGGGCGAGAAUAUUUGACCAUAUGAAUGGCGAAAUAUUCUCGGAGACUUUGCUAGUUAAAAGUUAAUAAAUAAAUAAUUUUAAAGUUUCUCAUGAACCUCCCGCAAACUGUUUGUGGCUCUGAGGUUAGUUUUUAUAAAGAGUUAUCAGACUUUAUUUAUAAAACUUAGAAAAAGACAAAAAAAGAGGCAAGUCCUGUUUGAUAUCUUUUUGCAAUUGUACCAAAAGUGACUUAUUCUUGACCUUGCUGGCUUCCGUUGUGUCCCCUUGUGUUGCGCUCUCUGUGCUCUCUGAGCUCUUGCGUGGCGCUGUGGUGUGGUGGUGCCAGUGGCUGCCUUUGCCAUGUGCUGUCGUUUCAUGCUGCCGUCACUUUCCCUAAGCUCGACCGAGAGAUUGAGUUGGAAUCUCUCCGAAUUCUCCAGAAGGAUUCUGGCACACAGGCAAAGGCACUGCUGUUCUUGAAGGCAAAAAUGAAUGGCUGGUGUGACUAAGUAGUGAUGUCUGCCCAGAAAAUGCUUCUCUGCAGAGGCAUGCUGCAGGGGCACAGGUGGCUUGGGCCCCUUGCUGAGCAGCUGACACUGAGUAACUCGGUUUACCUGAAUGGGGAAAACGUUGUGCUUUCCUUCCUCCAGCAACGGUGGUAGAGAAGUAACACAAGGGAGAAUUGUCCAAGUUUAGGAGGAGACUGAUGGGAUUUAACUCUGGAAUUGGAUCCUGUGGUCAGAACUUGUGUUGCUCUUGCGGCCCACCUGACAAGAGGGGCAAGUCUGCCUGCCUUCUGGGCAGUGCCAGACCAGUGCUAGUCCUGAGUGUGUGCAUAUUAUGGAAAAUUAAGCUGUGGCACGGUUACUGUCUUUCCUAGUGCAGCUUCUGUCUGUGGGUGUUGGAAGAGUGCUUAGACUUACAGCUGUGUGACACAGCUGAGAAGCUAUUUGUGGCCAGGCUGCAUUUCCACAAACACUUUGAUCCCCCUCUCCCCUCCCCAAAGAUUUGAGCCGAUUACUGAGUUGUUUUAGAGAAGCAGGACAUGGGGGUGAAGUCCAUGUGAUCUCCUGGCUGCUGAAAGUCUCCUGAGCAGAGGGGACAGAUCAGGAGGGCACAAGUGAAACUUCAGUCUUGCGGGGAGGCGUGGUUUGCCAUACUGGGUGUUUUCUGGUGAUGUGUUUCUCAUGUAGCUGAACUGAUACUGCUGUCCUCUGGGCUGAGAAGCAGGGAAACCUGAUGAAAGCCGCAAUGUGGCAGAAGAGGAGCAGGUAGUUGGUGGGGGCUUCCUGGUGGAGGGGGAGAUCAGAUUUUCUCUGAUUGAUUGGGAGUUUAGGGAGAAGCUGUCCGGGAUGGUUUUCCCAGUGAACUUCCUGAACGAGGAGCGGGUUAGAACAUUGCGUCCAGGCUUCCCACUCCUCCCAGCCCUGGGCUUUGUCUUCUCUGAGCUGAAGUGCCCGACAUGCCCGCUUCCCAGCCAUUCACCGGAUGGGUUACGCACCGAGCAGCACUCAGCACAGAACUCUGGGCUCUAACCUUUGUCUUCCAGCUGGUGUCGUGGUGCCUGGAAGAGGUGAGGUGUUCCAAAACACAGAGACCUCCGGUUGGCCUGGGGUGUCAGUCCCAACCCUGUCCCUCCUGGCGCCAGCCUGAGAUCGAACCUGGCUAGAGUGCCAUUCUGAACCCAGCUGGAGGCCUGACCUCAGCAGGGUGAGCAGCCAAGGUUUUGUGUAUGGGGCUGGUUAGGAACUGAGCUCCAGGGGCUGGAGGCUGUGGUGUGAGGAGAGCCCCGUCAACAGAGCAGACAAUGACGGGCAAUCCUGCAGCCAUGGUGAACUCGCUUCCAUCGUACUCUGCAGCAAGGAAUGUCCGGGUCCUUCCCUGCUGGCCGGGUGGCAGCCAUGCUGUUGCCAGUAAGAGACUGUGCAGCUUUGGAGUGAGACCGUGAGUCAGGAGGACAGAGCAGGCGGCAGCGCUGACUCUGCCAGAUGUUAACGCUCUCCUUUCUCCUCCCCUGUGCUGCGCUUGCUAGCUCGCGGCCCCAGCCUGCUCCGAGUGGCCGAGUGCGUUCGAUGAGGACGGGUCCGUCCGUCCGUCGUGUAGGGGGGAGCAGGUGCAAAGCCAUGGCUGAAGGGCGCCUGUAUUUAAACGAGCUCUGCAGGUGCUGGGCUGGAUGUCGGCGGGGACGUGGUCUCCUCCCGAGUACUGCUUCCCUAUACUAGCGCGUUGGUUUUGGUUUUGUUCUCAGUGAAGCGCUGGGCCCCGAGUGACGUUAUUUCUGCAGUGUCCACGGAGUCUCCCGUCCUGCUCCGGGGGACCCGGUCCCCCGCCAGCCGGCUUCCUCUGCCCGUGCCAGGCGACCCCUGCCCCGAGCCGUCACGCUGACCUCUCUCUCGUAUAUAGCGUUCUGGAGUGUGACAGUUCUUGUUCCUGAGGUGCUCGUCCGUUUGGUUUCCUGCUGUGAAGGGUGUCGUGUUUUCUUUCUCCUUUUCCCGGUGCCGUUACCGCGGUGGUCGGGGGGGGGGGGGCUGACCCCCCCCCCGCAAAGCGAGCCCCCGGGGUGACCCCCCGCGCCGCCGCCCCCCGGGGAUUUGUGUAUCUUGUGGUGAAUUGUGUAAAGUUAACUCCCGCCCUGCUCGGCCUCGGCGGGCAUCGCCCUCCGCAGAGAGCGGGGCCGGGGCGGGCGGCUGGCCGCGGGGACCCCCUCCUGCCCGCGCCCGGCCCUCGGCCCGCCCGCCCGCCGCGGGGAGGCCCGGGCUGCUGGCGGCCGCCGCCGGGGCGGUUUCCUGGCCCGAGGGGGCUCCGGCGGGGGCCCGCCGCGCUGCGGGGCCCGGCCCGGGGCUCCGGGGGCGGGGCGUUCGGCGGUAUUUAUUGCUAAGUUAUUGCCCGGGGCGGCGGGCCGGGCGGGCGUUAUUUAUUGCUGUACAUAGUGUCCGUCCGCGGCCGCGGCCGCCGCUGUUUUGUACGUGACAAUAAACCGCUUUCAAACA